CGCUCUUUCAAUAAAAAUUCAUGCAUAGCUUAUGAGUAUUAGCCGUUUCUGUCCUAGAGUUGUCAAAUGCAUAAUUAUCUUUCUUUCCGCUUUCAAUUUCUUCCUAAUCCUUAUCAGAUACAACCGUUUUUUUUUUUGUCCACUUUUUAUGUUAGGUAUAAUCAAUGACCAAGAAUUCGUCAGAAGCAGUUAAAAAGACAACGAAUAAAUCGACGAAAACAGCCGAUGAUACCGGUACUCGCAGUGCUAUACGAGAUAAUAGUAUCACCACGAUCAGAGAACACCAACAACAACAACAGCAGCAGCAGCAGCAGACGAUCAAACAGCUGGAUAAAGAAUAUGUAAACGAAACGCAUGUUGCUGAUUUUGCAAAUGCAUUAGCGCAUGAUCCAAAUCAUGAGCAUAUUACGGCUUGGACAGAUGCUCUUCCUGCUGUCAGAAGCACAAAUGACAAAAAGAUCCUGAAAAGAUCGAAAAGGAAAUUAAAAGAACAAGAAGCUGCCAAGCCAAAAGGCUUUACACAUUCCUUAUUGCAGUUUCCCUUGAUUGGCUUCAUUGGAUUCAUCAUUUUUAUGGAACUGGUGGCGUAUAUUUCGUUACGCCAGAUUGUGAGAAUUUGGGAAAAUGCAAUUAGUUGGAGAGGCCAAAAGCGAAGACUCCGUAACGAAUUACGCGCUUCGAAAACCUACAGAGAUUGGUGUGAAGCUGCCGAUGCCUUGGACAAACAUAUGCACAAAGAUGAAUGGAAGAACACCAUACCCUACGCCUACUAUGACUACCGACUUUUGCAAAAAGUUGUGAAACAUCUUAGAAUUCAUCGCCAAGGAAAUACAUUAGAAGAUGCUACAAAAUUGAUGGAUGUCCUUUAUGUAUGCUUGAAACAGAACUUUGCUGGUAUUGAGAAUGAAAAACUUUACAGUAAUACAUACUUGGGCACGAAGCGAUUAAUCGAGGAAUAUGUGGAAGAGGUGACAAAGUCAAUCGACGCCUUGGCGCAUAACAAGCAUAUUACAGCUGAGGAGAAGAGAGUAGCAUUCAGAUUGUAUUCAAAAAAUUAUGGACGUACGGCUUUCUGCCUUUCAGGAGGAGCAGGCUUCGGUUACUAUCAUCUCGGCGUUAUUCGUGCCUUGUUGGAUCGAGGGUUAUUGCCCUCCAUAAUGACAGGCACAUCAGCAGGAUCGCUGAUGGGUGCUAUCGUAUGCACACGAACAGAUGAGGAAUUAAACGAGAUAUUGACGCCAGAGCUAGCAAAGCGCAUACGUAUAUGUCAGGAGAGUUGGCCAAAGAAAAUCUUACGAUUUGUCCGAUCAGGCUCGCUUUUUGACGCAGAGCAAUGGUGUCGGGAAGCGAUGUGGUUUUGCAAAGGGUCCAUUACAUUCAAAGAGGCUUAUGAAAAAACAGGUCGUAUAUUCAACGUGUCGGUGAUUCCUUACGAUCCGCAUUCGCCUCCCAAAUUGUUGAAUUAUAUCACUGCACCGGACUGUGUGAUCUGGAGUGCUGUACUGGCAUCAGCAGCCAUUCCAGGGGUAAAUAGUUGGGGAAAAAGAUAGGGAAUGUUCAGCCAUACGAUACGCUAAUCUUUGAUAUCCUUAUGCACUUUUAGAUCCUCAAUCCAGUUGUGCUAAUGCAGAAGAAACGCGGAUCAGCUCACCUCGUUCCUUACAACUAUGGCCAUAAAUUCAAAGAUGGCAGUUUAUCAACAGAUAUCCCUACUUUGGCUCUGAAUACUCAAUUCAAUGUCAAUUACACCAUUGUAAGUCAGGUUAACCCUCACGUUCAUCUCUUUUUCUAUGCCAACCAAGGAAGUCCUGGUCGACCUGUCACUCAUCUACAAGGAAGGGGAUGGCGUGGAGGAUUUAUUGCUUCAUCUCUUGAGCAGUUCUUAAUUUUGGAUAUGUUUAAAUGGUUAAAGUUAAUGAGAUCACUAAAACUGUUACCCAAGAUCAACGACCAAGAUUGGAGCAACGUCUGGUUGCAAAAGUUUGAUGGCAACGUCACCAUUUUG